GCUGGCAUUUUGACGACUCAAGUUGUAAUUUCCGCCUUCCUCCAAUUGAUGAUACUUCACCCUGAGGUACAGACCCGUCUACAGUGUGAAAUUGACUCUGUCGUUGGGGCAUCUAGGGCCCCAUCUAUCGAGGACAGAGAUGCCAUGCCAGUGUUACAGGCGAAUAUACAUGAAAUACUGAGAUAUGUGUCACAUGUUCCUAUUGCUGUGCCACACAAGACAACUGUAGAUACUUCAAUCGGAGGAUACGAUAUCCCGAAAUCCACACAGGUCUGGAUGAACUUAUUCUCAAUGCACCACGAUGAAAAUAUGUUUGAAUGUUUGACGAACCAUGGAGUUACAAACCUGAGAGAUGGCUGGAUGAUUCAGGACAAUUGUUGUCGGUUGAAGAAAGAAAUAAAAUCUUUCCCUUUGGAGCAGGUCGCAGAGUGUGUGUAGGGGAGCACUUUGCAAGAGCAAGGAUAUAUCUGUUCCUCGCCAACAUACUACAAAGAUUCAGUGUAGUUUUACCCGAGGGCGCAGAGGCACCUAGUGUUGACCCCAGACACUAUAAACUCGGCAUCGUUCUCUCCCCACAGCCAUUCACAAUUAAGGCCAUGCCACGUUAACAAUGCGAAUUCAUUUCCACAACCUAAACGUGAACGGAAAAUAUUUAAGCGAUGCAUUUGUAUUGGCGAUUAGGUUGGUGUUUAGGUUGGCGUUUCGAUUUUAUAUG